GGCUGUGAAGCCCGGCUCAGCGGCUGCAGCGGCGGCGGGGACUGGCCCCGGGAGCGGGGCGGCGGCAGCGGGGCCGCCUGCCCCCCCGGCUCCCCCUCACCCCAACAUCAGGGCCUUACAGACCCAGCCGCCCCAACAAAUUCCCAGAGGUCCUGUGCAGCAACCCCUUGAGGACCGGAUCUUCACUCCGACAGUCUCAGCUGUGUACAGCACUGUAACACAGGUAGCAAGACAACCAGGACCUCCUGCACCAUCCCCUUACUCUGCACAUGAAAUAAACAAAGGACACCCAAAUCUUGCUGCAACGCCACCAGGACAUGCAUCAUCCCCUGGACUUUCACAGCAGCCAGGAGGGAGGAGGGACAGAAGCUUUCAACCCCACCCAAGAGCCAGCAGUCUUUUUGAAGAUCCAAGGGAACUGGUACAAAGGAUUCUGGGAUGUGGGAUGGCCGCUUACCCCUCAGGGCAGAAUGCAGCUCCAGCCACAUUGGUGUACCCCCAAACUCCUCAAGCAAUGAACACACAGCCUCAGACCCGCUCUCCGCCCAGCAGAACAGUGCCAAUACAUUGCACAGACAACUGGAAGAGGAGGAAGGUUUUGGAACAGAAUCCGGUUUACAGGUCCCUGGCUGGAAGAGGCUGGAUAAAAUACUGCAUUUUUGCAGCGGGGCCUCGACCUGCCCAUCACCAGGGAGGAUUCAGACCCAUCCAGUUUUUUCAGCGGCCUCAAAUACAGCCUUCUAGAGCUGCCAUCCAGAACAGCAGCCCUUCUAUCCGUCCUGGUGCGCAAACACCAACUGCAGUGUAUCAAACCAACCAACACAUCAUGAUGGUUAACCAUCUGCCAAUGCCGUAUCCAAUGCCCCAGGGCCCCCAGUACUGUAUACCACAGUAUCGUCAUAGUGGCCCUCCUUAUGUUGGGCCUCCACAGCAGUAUCCUGUUCAGCCACCAGGGCCAGGCCCAUUUUAUCCAGGCCCGGGUCCUGGAGAAUUCCCCAAUGCCUAUGGAACACCGUUCUACCCAAGUCAGCCAGUGUAUCAGUCAGCACCCAUCAUAGUGCCUACACAGCAGCAGCAGCAACAGCAGCCUCCACCAGCUAAAAGAGAGAAAAAAACAAUCCGAAUCCGGGAUCCAAACCAGGGGGGCAAGGAUAUAACAGAAGAAAUAAUGUCUGGAGGAGGCAGCAGAAACCCUACGCCUCCCAUUGUGAGACCCACCCCCACGCCUACCCCUCCUCAGCAGCUGUCGAGCCAGGUGCCAGAGCACAGCCCUGUGGUUUAUGGGACUGUGGAGAACGCUCAUCUCGCCGCCAGCACCUCUGUCACUGCAACUAGCGACCCGAAGCAAGACGAGAAACCAAAACCAGAUCCAGUAUUAAAAUCUCCUUCUCCAGUCCUCAGACCAGAGCCUAAUGGGGAGAAAAAAGAUCAAGCUGGCCAGACAUCUGAGACUGCCUCAGUGGAAUCACCACCAGAACUUCCUCUUGUUGCACUGCCAGUCCCAGUUGUUGUUGCUGCUGCUGCUACCGCUGUUGCUGUUUCUAGUAAAUCUGCAUUCACAGCUAACUCAGAGGAGAGAUGUGAAUUAACUUCCCCGAAAGAGGAAACAAUGCCUAUAUCCAGUGCCACACCCUGCACAGAAGAAUCAGACUUUUCACCAACAGAAGAGGCGGAUGCUGAUACGUGCAAGGAGCCUAGUACUGUAGCAACUAGUGAUAUUCCAGUGACUGCUAGUACUAAUCUAAUUAAUGAAAUUAAUGAAAAAGUAACUGCUACAGACGACAUAGCAGAAAUAGUUCAGCAGGAAGUUGCACCAUUGACUGUUGAAUUGGAGAUUUUGAAAGGCCUUCCUGCCGAAGUGGAAAGUGUACCAUCUUCCAUUGCUCUUUCCACCUCUCCCUCUCCUCCUCUUACUCCUCCUAUUCCUGUCUCUGCUGCUGUUACCAUUACAACACCUCCUUCCCCUCCUCCUCCUCCUCCUUCUCCUCCAAUUUCCCUCCCUGCUGUUCAGGGAGAUUUACAUGGAGAGGAGAGCAGAACUACCCUUAAUGAAGUUGUGAAAGAUACUCAAAAGAAAGAAGAGGUGGAAGCAGAUGGGCAACCAGAGGAGAAUGCAGAGUCUCAGAAUUUAAUCUCCAGGAAGAACCCUGUACCACCCCAAACAGCUGUAGCUGCACCAAAGAUGUGGAAGAAACCAAAAGAUCGGACCCAAGCCACUGAGGAGGAGUUAGAGGCGGAAACAGAGCGUAAAGCAGAAGAGGAACUUUCAGGUGACACAGUACCUGAAUCUGAACAGGAUAAAACGAGCCAUGGGUUCCACCUGGAAAGAGAUUCUUCUGAACUUAAAAAAGCAAAAGGUGUGGAAGAAAAUGGAGAGCAGGAAGCAGAGCCUAUACGUAACGGUGCUGAGUUUGUUUCAGAGAGGGAAGGACCUGAUGCUAAUUCAGGCUCCACAGAGAGCUCUGGUGAAGGGCUAGUAUACCAGUAUAAACCAGAACAGUGGAAGCCCAUGAAUCCCGAAGGGAAGAAGCAAUACGAUAGGGAGUUCCUGCUGGAUUUCCAGUUCAUGCCUGCCUGUAUACAGAAACCGGAAGGGCUGCCUCCCAUUAGUGAUGUGGUCCUCGACAAGGUGAGAGGAGACCCAGUAAAACAGAUAAAUCAGCAAAAAUUGUCAAUUCGAACUCUGGACCCUCGGAUAUUGCCUCGAGGACCAGACUUCACACCAGCCUUUGCCGAUUUCGGGAGGCAAACCUCCGGGGGAAGGGGUGUAGCUCAGGCCUGCAAAGUGCAGAACAACCCCGGAAUGCCUUCUGUGGCUCGGUGUGGCACCCCAGCAUGCCCUCUGUUGGUCUCAUCUCACCCACCAUUGAGGAACCUGCCGAUAGGGUUGUUGAAUGUUGGACCAAGAAGAUCACAGCCAAGCCAGAGGAGGGAGCCCAGGAAGAUCAUCACUGUAUGUGUAAAAGAAGAUGUACACCUGAAGAAAGCAGAAAAUGCCUGGAAGCCAAGCCUGAAAAGAGACAGCCAGGCUGAGGACCCAGAAAAUAUAAAAACCCAGGAACUGUUCCGCAAGGUACGAAGUAUCUUAAACAAAUUGACACCACAGAUGUUCAAUCAGCUAAUGAAGCAAGUAACAGACCUGACUGUAGACACAGAAGAGAGGCUGAAAGGAGUCAUUGACCUGGUCUUUGAGAAAGCUAUCGAUGAGCCCAGCUUCUCUGUGGCUUAUGCAAAUAUGUGUAGAUGUCUCGUAACGCUGAAAGUGCCUAUGGCAGACAAACCUGGGAGCACAGUAAAUUUCCGCAAGUUGCUCCUGAAUCGUUGCCAGAAGGAAUUUGAAAAAGACAAAGCCGAUGAUGAUGUCUUUGAGAAGAAGCAAAAAGAGCUUGAAGCUGCUACCACUCCAGAGGAGAAGACACGGCUCCAUGACGAGCUGGAAGAGGCCAAGGACAAGGCUCGACGGAGAUCCAUCGGAAACAUCAAAUUCAUUGGUGAACUCUUCAAACUGAAAAUGCUGACAGAGGCCAUCAUGCAUGACUGUGUGGUGAAGCUGCUUAAGAACCACGAUGAAGAGUCCCUGGAGUGCCUUUGCCGCCUGCUCACCACCAUCGGCAAGGACUUGGACUUUGAGAAAGCAAAGCCCCGUAUGGACCAGUAUUUUAAUCAAAUGGAGAAGAUUGUGAAAGAGAGAAAAACGUCCUCCAGAAUUCGUUUCAUGCUUCAGGAUGUAAUAGACCUAAGGCUGUGCAACUGGGUAUCCCGGAGAGCAGAUCAAGGCCCCAAGACUAUUGAGCAGAUUCAUAAAGAAGCCAAAAUUGAAGAGCAAGAAGAACAGAGAAAGGUCCAGCAACUCAUGACCAAAGAGAAGAGAAGACCAGGUGUCCAGAGGGUAGAUGAAGGUGGAUGGAACACUGUUCAGGGGACAAAGACUAGUCGUGUGCUUGAUCCCACCAAAUUCCUUAAAAUUACCAAGUCCACAAUAGAUGAGAAGAUUCAGCUUGUGCCUAAAGCCCAGUUGGGCAGCUGGGGAAAGGGCAGCAGUGGUGGAGCAAAGGCCAGUGAGAUUGAGUCCUUACGACCAGGUGCUACUAGUUUGAACAGGUUUUCUGCACUGCAGCCCCCAGUGUCGUCUGUGUCUUCUUCUUCUGUAUCCUCAGAGUUAGACUCUCGCAGGGCCUUAACUAGUCGUGGGAGCACAGGCAGAGACAAGAAUGACAAACCACUCUCAUCUUCAGUCACCCGUCCAAACACCUUCCUGCGGGGUAGCAGCAAUAAAGAGCUGCUGCUAGACAAUCAGGCACAAGAAGAACAACGGCGAGAGAUGCUGGAGACAGUGAAACAGCUAACAGGUGGCAUGGAUAUGGAGAGAAACAUCACAGAGACAGACAGGAACAAAGCCAAGGAAAUAGCCAAGCCAGAAACUCCCUCAGCUCCAGUACAAGACAAAUUUUCACUGUCAGAAGAGGAAAUGGAGAGAAAGUGCAAAUCCAUCAUUGAUGAGUUCUUGCACAUAAACGAUUAUAAGGAAGCAAUGCAAUGUGUGGAGGAGUUGAAUGCACAGAGUCUGCUGCCCAUUUUUGUGCGAGUUGGAGUGGAGUCUACUCUCGAGAGGAGUCAGAUCACCAGGGAUCACAUGGGCCAGUUACUAUAUCAGUUGGUGCAGUCAGAAAAGCUAAGCAAACAGGACUUCUUCAAGGGGUUUUCAGACACCUUGGAGCUGGCAGAUGAUAUGGCCAUUGAUAUACCACAUAUUUGGUUGUAUCUAGCUGAAUUGGUGACCCCCAUGUUAAAAGAAGGAGGAAUCUCUAUGAGAGAACUUACAAUAGAAUUUAGCAAACCUUUACUUCCUGUGGGAAGAGCUGCGGUCUUGCUUUCUGAAAUAUUGCACCUUCUAUGCAAACAAAUGAGCCAUAAGAAAGUAGGAGCCUUAUGGAGGGAGGCUGGCCUCAGUUGGAAGGACUACUUAUGUGAAGGGGAGGAUGUACAUACCUUUCUCAUGGAGCACAAGUUGGACUUCACAGUGUCUGACUGUUCCAGUUCCUCAGAAGCACUUUCAGAGGAAGAACUCUCUGCUGACGAACUGAACAAACAGCUAGAAAAACUCAUUAUUGAGGACAAGGCGAAUGAUGAACAAAUCUUUGAUUGGGUAGAGGCUAAUCUAGAUGAAGGCCAGAUGAGUUCACCUACAUUUCUUAGAGCUUUAAUGACAGCAGUUUGUAAAGCAGCCAUUAUAGCGGAUUCUUCCAGUUUCCGUGUGGACACUGCUGUUAUCAAGCAGAGAGUGCCGGUCUUACUCAAGUACCUGGACUCAGACACCGAGAAGGAAUUACAAGCACUUUAUGCACUACAAGCGUCAAUAGUAAAACUUGAUCAGCCUCCUAAUCUGUUGCGGAUGUUUUUUGAUUGCCUGUAUGACGAGGAGGUGAUAUCAGAGGAUGCCUUCUACAAAUGGGAAAGCAGCAAGGACCCAGGAGAGCAGAAUGGGAAAGGAGUAGCACUGAAAUCAGUCACAGCGUUCUUCACAUGGCUACGAGAGGCUGAAGAGGAAUCAGAGGAUAAUUAAAACUUAAAAUACAGAAAACAAAACAAAAAAAAGAAACAAUUUUAAGUAUUUUUUUAAAAAGUUUCACGUCUUCGCCAAUCACAGUGCAGCAAGGCCAAUUCUCACGCAUAACCCCCUCCUUCCCCCACAUAUGCACGAGUGGGAGAGGAAAAAAAUAGGUAAACAUAAAGGUGAUCAUGGAGGAAAAAGGUACUUGGAAAAAAAAAGUAAACUUCAAACCUGAGGGCGGGAGCACUAAACCAAAAUACAUGUAUUAUUUAUAGAAAAUAUUUUCUGUUUUAAUCAUUUUUUCUUUUCUUUUUAAAAAUACUAUAAAAAACAGAUCUGUUUAGCAAAAAAAAGUUGAAAACUUUAAUUUAUUAUUUUAAGGACUGCAAAUGCCAGUGUAAUUUUUACAUUUGCAGUUUCUGUAAACAAAUUGUAUGAUAGAAAAAAGCAGAGAAAUAAAUUUCCCUCCCCUUCAGCUGCACCUCAGUGUUGUUUCAAAGCAUGAUAGAUAAACUUUCAACUGGGUUUGGGGUAAGCUACAUGAGGGAGAGAUUUUUUUUUUUAUUUCUUAUUUUUCUGCCUGCCUCUCAGCUUGCUUCAGAGAUUAAAAAGAAAAUAGUAAUAAAAACAUACAUAACCUUGGAACAGAAGGAAAUGCAUUUGAGAAAAACGCUGUGGACCAGAGUGCUCCAAGAAAAACUCAUUCAAAACAAAGUGCUACCCUGGGGGAAAAAAGUACUAGUGAUAUUUUCAAAACCUUUAGAACGACUUUAAGGCUUGUAAAUACAUAGAACAAAUAUUUAAAAAAAAGAAAGAAAAUGACUCAAUAAUAUUUCUUUUCACUUUGAAAAUAUAAAGAACAAAAAUAAAGACAAACAUUGCAAGUUUAAAAGAAAGUAAAGCGAUUUCUCCUUUAGACAGCUGCUGAAUGCGCCACCAUUUCUGAGUGGUGCUGUCUUCCUUCUCAAUGUGUAGAUUCUGGAUCCAAAUUUGUUUAUAUAGUGUGUGUGUGUAUGUGUCUGUACACCAGAAAAGAGGGGAUGUAGGCCAUUGUGGUAAAUGUGAGGUUGCUGCUUGGGAGACCCUUUCUGCAGAAUUUAAAGACUGAGGAGCAGCUAGCUACGUCACUAUGCAAGCUAGGUUUAUCCAAUUUCAAAUACUUGUCCUCUAGGCUGGAAGAUGACCUGUGGGGGCAAUAAAAUAACUGACCCUUGCUUAGUUUUGCAGCUGUUGGACUACAGUGUGUCUUGUGACUCAAAAAUACUGCAUUGUUAUGGUGGUAACUCUUUCUAAACAGGUUGCAGCCUUGGAACCGGAUAACCAACAUCUCUUCUCAAUGGCUUGUACAUCCAUUGUCACCUAGCCACCACUGCUGUUCUUUGUGUCUGUCAGUUGCCUUGCUGUGCUUAAGAAACCCAAAACCCCCAGGAGUAAAAAACAAAAAACAAAGGGAAAAAAAAACAAACUACAACAUUAAGCAAAA